GAAACUGCACCAACCAUGGAAAGACACUUGAAGGAAGAGAAUCCCAGUGAAAGUCAGAGCCCCAAGGCAGAUCCUGGACAUCCAGAGAAAUGUUCUCCAGCUGUCACAGAUGAUGUUGCCCUGAACAACUCUACUCUGAAUGUACUUGCAGCAGAGAACUUUAUUCAACAGUCCUUGGCCAUCAUUAUGGAAAAUGCAGUGAAAAAGGCCACAGAUGUCAGAGAAAAGGUCUGUGAGUGGCGUUCCCCCGAGCAGCUGAAGGACUUGUUGGACCUGGAGCUGAGAGACGAAGGAGAGUCAGAGUCAGAGAUCCUGCAGCGCUGCAGAGAUGCCAUCAGAUACAGCGUCAAGACCACCCAUCCUCGUUUCUUCAACCAGCUGUAUGCAGGAAUGGAGCCAUAUUCCAUGGUGGCGAGCUUCAUCGCGGAGGCCCUCAAACCCAGUCUGUACACAUAUGAGGUGGCUCCAGUCUUUACCCUGAUGGAGGGUGCUGUGCUGAAGAAGAUGAUGGAGAUGAUCGGCUGGGAGGAAGGAGACGGAAUCUUCAAUGCAGGUGGCUCAAUGUCCAACAUGUACGCUGUGAACUUAGCCAGGUACAGUCACUGCCCUGACAUUAAAGAGCUCGGCCUCUCUGCUGCUCCACGACUGGUCAUCUUCACAUCACAGGAGUGUCAUUACUCCAUCUCCAAAGCGGCAGCUUUACUGGGCGUCGGCACUAAGAACGUUUACGUAGUUCCAUCUGAUGAGAGAGGAAAAAUGAUUCCCUCGGUUCUGGAGGAGCAAAUAAAAGCCGCUAAAAGUGAGGGUGCCGUGCCCAUCAUGGUAAACGCCACAGCAGGGACCACAGUGCUCGGAGCUUUUGAUCCCAUUGAUGAAAUCGCAGACAUAUGUGAGAAGUACAACCUGUGGCUGCAUGUGGACGCCUGUUGGGGAGGAGCAGCUCUGAUGUCCAAGAAGCAUAAACACUUGUUAAAGGGCAUCCACAGAGUCAACUCUGUGGCCUGGAACCCUCACAAGAUGCUGAUGGCAUGUCUGCAGUGCUCUGCUUUCCUGAUCAGGGACAAAACGAGUCUCCUCCAGCGCUGCCACUCUGCUCAGGCCUCCUACCUCUUCCAGCAGGAUAAGUUCUAUGAUGUCAGCUACGACACAGGGGACAAGUCCGUCCAGUGCAGCAGGAAGCCGGACGCCUUCAAGUUCUGGCUCAUGUGGAAGGCUUUGGGAACCAGAGAGCUGGAGCAGAGGGUGGACAGAGCCCUCGCCAUGGCCAGGUAUCUUGCUCAAGAGAUCAAGAAAAGAGAAGGAUUCCGUCUGGUGAUGGAACCUGAAUAUGCAAAUGUUUGCUUCUGGUACAUUCCACCAAGUCUGAGGAACCUUCCAGAUGGUCCUGAGCUCUGGAAACAACUCCACACUGUGGCCCCAGUGGUGAAAGAGCGCAUGAUGAAGAAGGGCAGCAUGAUGGUGGGCUACCAGCCGCACGAAGACAAGGUCAACUUUUUCAGGAUGAUCAUCAUCAGCCCCAAGGCUGGCAGACAAGACAUGGACUUUGUCCUGGAUGAGAUUCACAAUCUUGGAAAGGACUUGUGAUGAAUAGUGUCAGUGAAGAGCCUAUCUCCCCCCACCCACUUUUUCAUCUGUCAUGGACUGACUUGUGGACAAUCAAGGCAUUUUUCCACCACAAUCCCUUUUGUCCCCUCCCCUUUUGGGAGAAUGGACCUCGGAGCUCUGCUAGUUUCUACUAAUCAAAAAGUUGAUUUACAGCAUGUCGCUACUGUUCCCUGCCUCUAACUUUUCUCAAAUUGGAAAUAAACAUCAGUCAUUAAUUGAAAUGUCAAAAUCACAUGAUGUCAUACAACUUUUUACAUACAAGACAGUUUUUACAUGUGUUUAUUUGUUGGAAAAGAAAUGCUAUAAUUUGAAAUACAUACAAUAGAAGUGGCAAAACAAUAAUACUGAUUUGAAGUGUUUUACAAAUUUGUUAUAUCUAUUUGAAUGUACCAAAUACAGGAAAAUAAUGUACGUUUGAGGAAGAGGUUUUGGAGUGUCUUUCAAGUUUCACUCAUGAAUCAUAGAUCCAG